UCUUUGUAUCUGUGUUGCCUGUGAUCCCGGGUUACUGAAUUUACUCAAGAUGUCCUGCCAGCAAAACCAGCAGCAGUGCCAGCCCCCUCCCAAAUGCCAGACCCCUAAAUCCCCUCCCCAAGCUCCAUGCCCUCCUUCUAUCACUUCUGGCUGUGGAUCCAGCUCUGGAGGAUGCAGCAGUGUGGGUUCUGAGAGUGGCUGCUGCCUCUUUUCCCAUCAUCACAGGAGAUCCCAUCGAUGCAGGCACCGGAGCUCUGACCGCUGUGACAGUGGAAGUGGAUUCAACCAGCAGUCUGGGGAUUGUGAUGGGAGCUCCGGGGGCUGCUGCUGAUUCUGUGUCCUUAGCCAAGUUCUGAGGUGGAAGGAUGAAGAGGCAAUUCUCCCAUCUUUCUUUUGCUCCUAGUUCUUUCUCUUUAUUUUCUCCCUGGGAUCUGAGCUGAUAGGAUAUCUUCAGAAGCCUGAGAGAGUCGAGGAGGGCUAUUUCAUCUUAUUUCAAAAUUCUAGAUCUCAAACUUGAACCCUACCACCUCUACUUCAUUUGUUUCACACAACA